AUGGCACGGGGCUUUCGGAAGAAGGGGGUUGAUGCCAGGGCCUGGAACUGGCCAUGUACGGAGUGGUGCAACAUUGAAAAGGCUUGGAGCCCAACGAGCAUUGUACAUGUGAAGUUUAUCUGUUUGUGCGCUGUGGUUGGCUGGCCCCGCGCAGCCCAUGUGUUCGACCCUGUAGACACCUUUGACGUGUUGAGCAACAUUACAGAGGUGGAUGCUUUGCUGGUGCAGACAUCUCUUUGCAAGCAAGACUUGGAACGACAACCAACUCUCUUGCCGAUCCUGGCAUCGGGCCAGCUGGAAGUGCAUUGGCUUCCACAUCACCAUCUGAACAAACAUGAUCUGCGAGUAGAUCCAGCUGCAGGCGUCCGGAGGGUUGGCGUGCACACCAUUCAUGUGGACAGAGAGUUGCAGCAGGAGGUGGAGCGGGCUUUGGCAAGUCAUUUUUCUGCAUCUGGCAUUGGGGAGGAGCCGGAGUUCGUCCAUUUAGACCCGAACAUGCUCUUCCAGUUCAACGAGGGACGGCUCACCACGCCGCAGCACACAGAUAUGGUGUAUCAGCAGCUGAGUACGUUACAAAUAGGCUUCGCCAAGCAGUCCGGGUGUGUCUCUGAAUGGUUUUUCUGCAGCCGCUGGAAGACCGGCCAACGCCUGGUGAAUAUGAUGAGCGUGGGAAUGCCAGCUGUGGUUUGGAGUGAUGCGCAGGGGUAUCUGGACGUGGUCGAGGGUCUCUGGCCCAAUGGUGAUGGAGGCCCACAAGCAGAAGUCUAUCCACCGGAGCUGAUCAUCACUUCGGAUUCGGAUGUCCAUGUUGCGCUGAAAGCCCUGCUGAACAAUGCCUCCCUACGCGCUGAAGCAUCUGAGAAAGGCUUGAGACUGGCAGCAAGGUUUCAUCUGGAUAGGAUAGUGGACCACUUGGAUGAUAUCCUGCUGGCCAUUGAGGCGCGCAAAGCAGCGCAGUGA